AUGUCCGAGCCCGCCAAUCCUGGCCAGCCUCAACCCCCUAGGUCGGCCUCAAAAUAUGACAUUAGACAUCCGAAUGUUUCCCGCCCAGUAGUCGAUCAUUUUGAGUCACCGCCGAUAGUAUCGGUAAGGCUACCGCUGAUAAUGUUGGUAAGGCUGCCGUCUGAUUGUUCUGCCAAGACCAUGACCAAGACCAAAGUAGACGAACAAAGAAUCAUCAUGGCUCGAGCAACCAAGGGCCGCCAAAGUCGGCGCUCUAAAGCCACUAAAGAAGCCUCGGCCUGCAAAUGCGGCAAGUCCCGCAAGGUUGCCGGAAAACGUGGCAAAAUUGUUGUUGAUGAGGAUUCAUCUCCAGAGUCCGAGCAGGAGGAAGACUCCACCUCCAAGUGUAGCACCGAUGAUGAGACCGAGGAUGAAGAGACCGACGACCAGUCCACCGAGGAGGAUACGAAUGAAGAGGCAGACCGCAAGAAAAGCAAAUCCAAAAAGUCAAAAAAGUCCAAGAAGGCCAAGAAGAAGUUCGCACCUCGCGGCUCCUUAGCUACCCCCAAGAACAUCUACCGUUCGCUCAAGGACAGCGACGGCAACUGGACGUGGGUGGACAAGUAUCCCAAGGACGUCCCAGAGCCUGCAGAGAACGACGAGACGGCCCAAUACGCCGUCUUGGUGCGCAACGUCAAGUCCAACGAUGCCCGCAAGAAGCUCGAGGCGCACUCCAUCGUGAUUCAGUCUCCUCACCUCAAGAAGGCCCUGGCCGAGAUCCUGAACGACUACCCGGGCGUGGCCAUCGAGCUGGACCGGCUUGAAUUCGAGGCCCCUUUUGUCCCCUUUGUCCACCGCUGGGAAAAGUUCAAGGCCUACGUCGCCGAGGUUGCCAAAGACGCCGACGCCGACGACAAGGACAAAAGGGACAUGAGCCAGCACCUGACAGUCCUGGACGGGAUCCUCCGGUACGAGAUUGGUGACAAGAUUGCCGCCUUUGAGGACUACAUCCGCCACGGCGUCAUCAAAUUCUCGGACUUAUGGAUGAUCUUUCAGCCCGGGGACGCCGCCGUCACCAGCGCGCAGACCGUGGCCAUGGAGGUGGUCGAGACCGAGUACAUGGAGAACCAGUGCGGCAAGUUCCUGCGUGUGCGCGGCGAGUGUGUCGACUUCUCUGGUACCGAGUUCGGCCGCUCCGAAGUGGCGACCGACAUUCCAGAGUUCCUCGGCACCAAGCCCAUCACCGGGCUGAACAUCAACCCCUUGUCGUUUCACGCCGACCGGGACGCGCUAAGCGCCGCCCUCAUCAGUCGCGGCGCCCGUUUCGAGGAGCUCGCGGGUCACAAGUACCGGCAGUACUCUGGCACCGCCAUCGGCUGGGACCAGCAGGGCAAGGAGGUUCCCGUCGAGAUCAGCGGACGCGUCGUCGUCGACAUCGAGAGCUUCAACCGCUUCUCUCCCUGGCCGACCCCGCGCCGCUAUGUCGACGACUGGAACGCGCGGGAUCUGGAGCGUCUCGAGGCGUACAAGCUGGAGCACGGCCUGAAUGAGGAUGGGUCUGUCAAGCUGACGCCCUUCCACCAGAUGAUCUGCCACCGCCGCACGCGUGGCUACAGCCUCAAGGCAAAGAAGUGGCUCGACUUUUACGUCGACCGCAUCGCCGACAUACGCUGGGACGACGGCGCGUUCGACAAGCUCGUGCUGGACCAGGACCACAAGGAGCUCAUCAUGGCCUUCACCGAGUCUCAGCUUGACGCCGAGUCCAAGGGAUCGUUUGACGACGUCAUCGCCGGCAAGGGCCAGGGAGUUAUCUGCCUGCUGUCGGGGCCUCCGGGAGUGGGUAAGACGCUUACGGCUGAGGCGGUGGCCGAACACCUCCGCGUGCCGCUGCAUACGCUCAGUUCGGGCGACCUGGGUAGCCGGCCGCACGAGGUCGAGGCCGGCCUGUCGCGGAUACUGGAGCUGGUCGCGCGGUGGAACGCCGUACUGCUGUUGGACGAGUGCGACGUCUUCCUCGAGGCCCGGUCGACCCACGACCUGGAACGCAACAAGGUCGUGUCCAUCUUCCUGCGGACCCUCGAGUACUUCCAGGGUAUCAUGUUCAUGACCACCAACCGCUGCGAUAAUAUCGACCGCGCCUUCCAGUCUCGCAUCCACGUAAGCCUCGAGUACCCGGACCUGACACCGGCCUCCCGUGCCGCCAUUUGGCGCAACUUUCUGGGCGGCAGGAUGUCGGUGCCCGAGCGGGACAUUGACGACCUCGCCGAGAUCGAGCUCAAUGGUCGCCAGAUCAAGAACGUACUCAAGACUGCGCAGCUACUGGCUAGCCGCAAGGGUAGCGCCUUGAAGAGCGAGUUCAUCCACACGGUUCUUGCCAUCGAGAAGAGGAGACCUGGUCAAAACAAACCCAUUAGUUAG